UAUUUCAUGAAAUGGGCCGGCCCACAUUAGCCUUCUAACAUAGUAUAUGUAACAAAACAUAAACCCUAGAUUCAUCUUCUUCAUCAUCAGCGCCUCAACACACUUGUUCGAGGGGUGAUCAACAGCAGCACCUGCACAUUUCGAAAAUGAGUUACAAGUACCAUCAGUUUCAGGUUGUAGGCAGAGGCCUACCGACGGAGACCGAUGAGCAGCCGAAGAUCUACCGUAUGAAGCUUUGGGCCACCAAUGAAGUCCGUGCUAAGAGCAAGUUCUGGUACUAUUUGAGGAAGCUGAAGAAGGUGAAGAAGAGCAAUGGUCAGAUGCUUGCCAUUAAUGAGAUUUUUGAGAAAAACCCAACAACAAUUAAGAACUAUGGAAUUUGGCUGAGGUACCAAUCACGAACUGGGUAUCACAACAUGUACAAGGAGUACAGGGACACAACCUUAAACGGGGGCAUUGAGCAGAUGUAUACUGAGAUGGCGUCUCGCCACAGGGUCCGCCACCACUGCAUCCAGGUCAUCAAAACAGCCACCAUUCCAGCUAAGCUUUGCAAGAGAGAGUCAACAAAGCAGUUUCACAACUCGAAGAUCAAGUUCCCGUUGGUGUUCAAGAAGGUUAGACCCCCGACUAGAAAGCUCAAGACCACAUACAAGGCUUCAAGGCCCAACCUGUUUGUCUGAGUUAUUAUUGGCAUUGGUUUUCGUAUUUUAUUUGGAUUUACAUGUUAAUCAGUGAUCUUGGAUAUUUUGUUGCUUUAAAUUGGAGAUUGGUAAUAUUUCUUGGAGACUGGUAUCAAUUCGUCUUGGCAUAAUUUUGUUGCAAA